AUGUCAACAUUCCACCACUUCACUGCCUUUACCUUUCUCAUCUUGUUCCUCAAAACUCAAGCUUUUGAUCCUGUUUCAUCUUUUUCAUUCACUGAUUUUGGAAAAGAUCCGAGUUUUGAGUCUGUUGUAGGACUUUAUGGCAAUGCAAAGGUUGUCAAUGGAGGCUCUGGAGUUCUGCUUUCAGGGUAUGGGAAUUCUGGAAAUGGGAAAGUGGUGUACAAGAAGGGUGUUAAGCUUGUUGAUGUUGGUGGUGAACCGAAGACAUUGGUUUCAUUUUCAACUUACUUUUCAUUUUCGAUGUCUUUGGGUGAUGGGAAUGGUUUGGCUUUUGUAAUGGUUCCAAGUGGUUUUCAAGGUGAGUUUUUUGAUAAUAGUUCAUCUGGUUUUACUUUUGGGUUGAAGGAAAAGGUAUCUAAAGUUGUUGCUGUUGAGUUUAUUGCUUCAAGAGAUGUUGGACAUGGAAAUGAGAAUUCUUCUGCUAGUUGUAGUGUAGCUAUUAAUGUUGGUACUUCUGUUCCUGUUAAAAAAAUCAAUGUUUCAUCUGUUAAUAUGGUUAUGAGAAAUGGUGGAAAGUUGCAUGCUUGGAUUGAUUACCAAGCCGGUUCGAGGUGUUUGGAAGUUAGGUUGAGUCAAUAUGGUCAUUCGAAGCCGGUGAAUCCGUUGCUAUGGCAACCGAUUGAUUUCACGAAUUUGUGGAAGACCCGAGAGAUGUUUGCAGGAUUUAGUUCUAUGAAAGGAAAAACUUCUCAAGCAUGUUUUCUCUACUCAUGGAGCUUUAAUGUGAGGCAUUAUCAACGUUGGAUGCAUUCUAAACCGCUCCGCGAUAUGGUCUUUACGACUCAGGAUGCGUAUGAUCGUCCUCCAGAACCAGAAGUGAAACCAAAGAGUGAUUGUCUUUUGAGAAUUCUUGCUGCAAUGAUAUUUGGUGUUGGAUGUGGAUCACUGGCUGCAUUCACCGCGCUUUAUUUGUGGACGAUGUUUGGUAAUAGACGUCCUGUGGUUCCAGAGGAGUGUGUUAUUCAGCCGGUAGAUUACGAGUACAAGAAAGUGAACAUUGUUGUAGAUAAACCCCUUAAAGAUGCUAAGGAGUAA